UUAACAGAUGAACUUGACAUUUAGUAAAAACAACUUGGUUGUUUUUAUAAUGAAAAUUCCUUAAACGGUCUUACACAGUAUAAUACUGGACCAUGCUUUGAAUACAGAAGACUAUGACAUUGACGCAGCUUGGCAUUUUGGCUUUAGAUGUUACGAAAGCCAUUAAACAGCACAUUGGACCACUGUUUUAUGCAAAUGCAUUGGGGGAAGAUAAAUGCGCAUACCACACAGAUCCUUGUCUGUAAUCUAUGUAUCUAAAAAUUGUCGGAGGCGGAAAUAAAACGGAAUAAAAGAGAGCAAUGGAUUUCCUUAAAUGGUCUUGUGCAAUGAUGUACGUUUUGUACCACACAAUCAAUAGAGGAACAGCUUACACCGGGACAAUCCGUCUUGAUGAGGCCACGUGUCAUGACGUAAGGAACAUUUAUUUCGUAUCGGGAGACGUAGCUUUCAACGUAGAAUGGAGCGGAGAAAAAAUAACAAGGGAGUGCACAGUGAUUUUUGAACCAUCGCCAUCAGGUCAAAAAACUUGUAUUGAGGUUGUGUCUUACCAAAUAGCAAGCUGUGAUGUUCAGCUGGCAUUUUCCAAAUUCAGGAAUGGGGAGAACUCCGACUUGGAGUCAUAUUCCUGCAAAACUACACCCAACGUGUUCUGUGGGACAAGCGAAAGCAUAGUGGUUCAGCUCUCCCUCAGCCAUACUUAUAAUCUGGAGAACAGCAGCUUCCGGUUGAAGACAACAACCACAAACUCAAGCAUACUCAAAAACUCUUCAGUAAUGGCGGGAGCUGGCGUUGGGAUCGGCGUUGCUGUUGUCAUGGUGAUCCUACUGGUGCUUGCUUACCGCAGACGACACGCCAUUGUGUUGGCCGUCAGUAACAGGUCAGGAGGAGGAAGUCAUCUGAUGACGUCAGACGCAGACGGUAAAUUGUUCAUGUCCAUCAGUCAUCCCAAGAAAUCGCAUGUAUCUUGUUUCCUGCACUAAGUAAAUCAAAGUAUGUAGCAAUAGAGAUAAAUAGAUAGAUAGAGAGAUAGAGAGAGAGAUAGAUAGAUAGACAGACAAAUAGAGAGAGAGAGAGAGAGAGAGAGAGAGAGAGAGAGAGAGAGAGAGACAGACAGAUAGAUAGAUAGAUAGAUAGAUAGAUAGAUAGAGAUAAAGAGAGAGAGAGAGAGAGAGAGAUAUGUGUUCAUACAUUCACGACGUAUUUGUGGAAGAUAAGACCUAUUGGGGUAGAUACCCAUACUACAUGGACAAGAUGAACGGGAAACAAUGUUUUAUAAACAUACAACACCAUCACCUCAUCUCCACCCCCGCGUGGUAAUGCUGAGAAGGGUCAAUUUUAAACGUAGAAUGUCUAUAAUGAUGGUGAAAACUAAGGAUCGUUUACUAUAGUCUGAGGCUAACACUUGAUGGCUUAACGACAAAUGUUUACGACAACAAUGAUGAUGAAGAUGAGACAACUGCUAAAUUUCAAUCAGGAAAACUCACUUGAGUCUUUGGAUUAUUGAGCUUCGAUGUACUCAGCAGGUUUUCUCCCUUGUACCCAGAUACUUUGUCCUAUGUGUUGUGACAGCCUAAACCGACAGUAACAUGCAUGCAUGACAUGUUAGCACAUGCAUGACAUGUUGGCAGGAAACCAAAAUAUGUAGUGUAUCAUAUCAGAGAAAACGGUUAACUCAUAAGAUUAAUAAUAUACAGCAAAGGGUUCUCAAAAUAUUGAGCGGAUGCUAUUUUCUUAUGUGCAGAAAAGUUUAACCUCUUACCUUUCACCUUAUAAUUUCAAACACAUUAACAAUAAUCUACAUCAUGAUUUGACUGCGGAUAACUCCGUUUACCUGAUCAGGAUAUGGGGCUCACGGCGGGUGUGACCGGUCAACAGGGGAUGCUUACUCCUCCUAGGUACCUGAUCCCACCUCUAGUGUGUCCAGGGGUCCGUGUUUGCCCAACUAUCUAUUUUGUAUUGCUUGUAGGAGUUAUGAGAUUGAUCACUGUUCGUUAUCUUCACCUUGCAUCUUAGAGGUAACAUGUAUACCAAGUUUGUUGUUUAUCAAAGAAAUGGUUCACCAUUGAGAUAUUGAGCGAACUAUGUUGUAUUAUUGGUGUAAUACUGACCUUAACAUCAUUCUACGUCUUCGGAGUACCAGUGUAUCAAGUUUGAAAUUUAUCCACCAAAAUAUAUACUUCAGGUAUUGAGUAGAGGUCUUUGGUCUUUAACCUUGUGACUUCAAAAUCAAUAGGGGUCUUAAACAAAGGGUUCUUGAUAUAUUGAUAAUAUUUGGUCUACCGACCGAAAGUACAAAACAAUACGUUUCGUCUUUUUCAAAAUAUAAGGCGGGGACAUAAGAAUAGUUAGCGUGUUUUUUUCCUGCCUACCUGUUCACGCUCUUACGUCAUUUCAUUGUCAUGUCAUUAAUUAUAGAUUCCCACGUCUGACAUUUUAUUCAGGAAUAUAUGCUUCUACGACAACAAUGGUGGAUUGAGACAUCAUCGAAAUGGCGACUGUGACGUCAGACUUUUAAAUGUUUAACACAAUGUAUGUCCAUUUGCGUACGUUAGUAAUUCAGUGAUGUGCAACUUUUCUCUAACGACAGCGCUCUUUACAUUGCCUCUGUUUUUAUUAAGAUCAGUUCACAAACAUACAUGUGUGUAUAUAUCCAGUGUCUUUGUCCGAGGUUGUAAACUUUGGAUUUUGAAUAUGAUAAACCGUAUUUUUAUAUUUAAAAAAUUCUAUACUAGUAUGUACAUUUGUAAUGCAGUGUGUUGUUAUCAUGUACAUGAAAAAUAAAACAAGUUACUUUCGA